CGGGCUCUCCUCUCCACCUUCAACUCCAACUACACCAACUUGAACUAAACCCGGGGAGGGACACGUCCCGCUUUCUGCUCUCACCGCCGACUGUGGACGACGAAACCGUUUUGGUUUUUUCUCCAACCGGCCGACUUUCCAGAUCCCUGGCAUUGGUGAGUGAUGUUUGAGAAGCAGCGCUACGACAGCCCGCCUGUCUACAGUCCCCCCUAUAGCCCAGCGCCCAACAAUGGAUUUGGCCCGCCAGGCAGUUUCCAGGACCCCCGGAGUGAAUAUGACCCGUACCCGCCUCCUCCCGGCUCUUACUACAUCGAGGACAAACCUCAGCCUUUUUACAAAUUGCUUUCCCCCCCUGGGAUUGUCAAGGCUAUGAUGGCUGUGGUAAUUGUGCUCUGUGUGGGAAUAUUUGCCUGCGUGGCCUCCACUCUGAUGUGGGACAUGCAGUAUGGCUAUGGGGCUGGAAUGGGGUCAUAUGGCACAGGCAUAGGCUAUGGGAGCGGUUUCGCUGGGGGCAGCUAUGGGUCAGGGUUUGGGGGCUAUGGGGGGUAUGGUGGCUACGGAGGUUACUACAACUCCUAUCCGACGCCCUACUCUGCGAAAACGGCCAUGAUUGCCAUGGCAGCCAUUAACUUCAUUGUAGCACUUGGAUUUUUCAUCGCCAGCUUCUCCAAAUCCAACACUUUCCGCAGCAGGAAAUUCUUCCUGGCUGUCCUGGUAACCAGCAUCAUCAUGGCUAUCCUGCAGGGCAUUAUAAACAUCGUCUACAUUGUUGGGGUUAACCCCAUGGCCCAGAGCUCCUCUAGUGCCAUAUACAACCCCAUGCUUCUGAUGUGUCAGAACCUCUACCAGACCAGUUACUCCCAGAUGGGAGGAGUAGGCGGCUUCCCCAUUUACAACCAGUACAUGUAUCAUUACUGCUUUGUGGACCCACAAGAGGGUGUUGCCAUGGUAUGUGGAUUCCUGGUUGUCAUUGCCUUGGCUGUUGCUGCUUUUUUCUCCCAAAAAACACGAGGCAAGAUCUGGCGAUAUGGAAAGCCCAACAUCUACUGGGAUGAGCCUCUCACCGACGGACAAGCCCCUAAGGGCAGGGAUGUUGAAGACUGGGUGAACAAUGUGGAGGAAAGUCGCAGUACGCAAGACGCCCCAACCCUUCUCCUGUCAGAGAAGGCAGCAGGGCCGCUCAAUGCCUCAGCCAACAGUGUCAUCUCCUACCCCCCAGUCAAGGUGGACAGCAGCUCCAUUAAUGAGGACACCUACGACCACAAUGAAUACUCAGAGAGGCCCACCAGUCGUCCCUUGGAGAUGCUUUCUCACGGUGAGGGAACCAGCUCCAGCCCAUCAGAAGAAGCAGGGGGAGUCCGCAAGCCCUCAGCCAACAGAGGAAAGAGGCGCAGGCGCAACCCAGAGCUGGAUGAAUCUCAAUAUGAGACAGAGUACACCACAGGAGGCGAGACGGGCAAUGAACUUGACCCAGACGAGUGGGAGAGUGUCUAUCCCGAGAUAACAUCUGAUGCUCAACGCCAGGAGUAUAAAAGGGAGUUUGACAUAGAACUGAGGGAGUACAAGCACCUCUGUGCUGAGAUGGAUGAUAUCAACGAUCAGCUGAACAAACUCAGCCGACAGCUGGACUCACUGGACACCAACUCUGCCAAAUACCAGGUUGUGGCAGAGGAAUAUAAUCAUCUGAAAGACGUAAAGCGGACGCCAGACUACCAGUUUAAAAAGCAGGAGUGUCGCAGGCUGAGACACAAGCUGUUCCACAUCAAACGCAUGGUCAAGGACUACGACAAGCACCACCCAUAAACCCACUGGGCCCUUAUAAUGCCACUCACUCUCAACUCUGUGGUCUAAACAACACAUGUGCAGGCUAACUCCUGGAUUAUAUAAUUCAAAUGCUAAGACUGUACUCCAAAGUGCAACAAAGACUAUAACAGAUGCUUAGACCAAAGUUGCUGAUGCAGCUCUUGCACUCACCGAAUAGACACACACACACACACACACACACACACACACACACACACACACACACACACACACACACACACACACACACGCACACACUACUUGGUUAUAAUUCAGACUUUCUUUAUCUCUGAUCAGUUAAAAUGCUAUGUCCAGCUGUAUAUGACUACGUAUUCCAUGAUCCAGGAGAAAAAGAGGAGUGGCAAAGAAUGCAUUGACCGUCGUCACCUAUAGCUGUCUUCAUAUUAGCGACACUGCCAUUUUUCUGAAGGGGUCCGCGUGUUAUCAUGUGCUGCGUGCUGCCAGUUGUCUGGCCCAUGAGGUGUGGUUGAAGAAAGGUUGUUUGAAAGUCAUCUCACCUUCAGUCACCUGUAAUAACUGCUUAGGUGCUCUGUGUUUCUACUUGUAUUUGCUCUCUAGAUAGACUUUUUUUGAUUUUUCUCCUUAGAUACGGGCUGAUAAUAGCGUUGUACAGACAAAAAAAUGGGCGAGACAGAUGGUUGGGUUUGACUGCGUGCAAACCCAGAGGUUGCUUUUGGCAGUAUCUCAGUCCCACAUUAACUUUUGUCCACUCACCUGUGUUCAUAACUCAGUACUAACUCAAUAUACGUUGCUCAUUAUUAGUAUUCAGAUAUUUGAGUCACCAAUUUAUGCCAGGCUUUUUGUACUACAUGCAUUUUUGUCUUUUGUUCUGUUUUUUUUUUCUUCAAAUCAAGUUUUUUUUUUUAUCACUGUUGCAGUUUAACCAAAAAAGUCAUAAAGCCACUGAGGUAUGGAUUACCAUUGUUGUCUAUAUGUUUGAUGAAGUCAGUGCCUGAGCUAGGUGUCAUGGCUGUAGUUUGGGAUGAAAUAGGGUUUAAUUUUUGCAUUAUGUAGCAAGACAUCCAGAGGAACAAAAGCUAUGCCAGUUGUCUACUUAGUUCUUAGGUUUCUGUCCGAGUGUUGAAAGUGAUAUUAUUUGUUAUUUGUACAGGCUAAAGACCAGCAGUGAUUCCUUCAACAAUCUCAAUUCAGUGGUCCUUCACAAAACACUGAAGCUAAAAACAACUGGAAAGUACCCAAACAGUUUUAAGAUAAUGUCUCCUGUGUGAUUCCAGCAAAACAGGAAACGUUUCUGUUUGUGUCUCACUGUUUUUGAGAAGAACUUCACUUUUUGUUAUUUUUUUUCCUGUGAUGAAAAUAAUCACUUUGCUGAUUUCAUGUUUGUAAAUAUGUUUAUUAAUCCACUCCAUGUGCAAAGUGUUAUCAUCUAUCAGUUAGUUUUUAGAAAAUUAUUUACACAUUUGUUUGAUUUGUUACACAUUUGUAUUUUUAUGAAGAACCGAUGAGUCUACAAAGAACUUUGUUGUCAUUUUACAAACAAUUUGCGAGCCAUCUAUUUUUAUAUGAAAUGUAUUUUCUUCGAUGCUAUUGUAAAAGACAACAUUUUGGUAACUGAAAACUUCCUAAAGGUAUGGUGUUUUUAAGGUUAUUGAUAUUCAAUGAGUAUUAAAAAAAUUCUAAUUCUCUUGUAAUGUUCCCAUUGAGUUUGGCUUGGUUUUCCUCAUUUUGGCCUCAGGCGUUCAUUUAAAAUCAGUGUGCGGUUAAUGUUUAUCACCAGCAGAGGGCGACGGAGGGCUGAAAUACGCCGCCUGGUUUCUUCUUCGCAAGCUCAGUCAAAGUAAAAGUCCAAGUAAGACGUUACUACCCCCUGUUGGUGAAUUGCCUUUAAAACCUUUGCUAGAAUUAUCAUAAAACGCUCUUUAAAAGUAAUAGUGUACGUUACUCUGUACAAAUUAUAAUUUGCAGUUGUCUUAUUUAUCCUCCACCCAUCCAUCACCUAAAACCUUUUCAUCUGGUUCAGUCACAGGGGGCUAGAGUCUAUCCCACCAUGUGCUGGGUGAAAUGCAGGAAGACAACCUGGACAAGUACAUCUCAGGGCCCACACACCAUUCACAUCCAUGGGCAAUUUGAAGACUACAGUUCACCUGACAUGCACGUUUUUGGACUGUAGGAAGAAAGCCAUGCAAACACAGGGAGGACAUCCAAGCUUUGCACAGAGGAGCUGGAAUUGAACCCAGGACCUUCUUGCUAUGAGGCAAC